AUGCUGAGGAGCUGCGCCGUGCGCCUGCGCACACUCCGGGUCCUGCGCGACCCUCCGGGAGUGGCGCGCCCGUGGAGGUCAUUUUCUUCUGAAGAAGUCACUCUGGAGGACCAGGCUCUCCCCAAGCCCAGCUGGAACAAGGACAUUAGGUUCCUCUUUGACCAGUUCAUGAAGAAAUGUGAAGAUGGCUCCUGGGAACGUUUAAUGUCUACGAAAGAAGACCUAAUAUCACAGGCCAGGCUCUUCACCAGAAGCUUUGAGGAUGGAAUGGGCUUUGAAUAUGUGAUGUUCUACAAUGAAGAUGAGAAAAGAAUGGUUUGCUUGUUUCAAGGAGGCCCUUACCUACAAGGAGCACCUGGGUUUGCUCACGGAGGGUCCCUGGCAGCCAUGAUGGAUGAGACUUUCUCUAAAACUGCCUACCUGGCUGGAGAAGGGUUGUUCACACUCAGCCUCAACCUCAGGUUCAAAAAUCUGAUCCCAGUGGGCUCGCUGGCUGUGCUGAACGUCGAAGUAGAAAAAAUUGAGGACCAGAAGAUCUACAUCUCCUGUACGGCUCAGAGCCGAGACCAGCAGACAAUUUAUGCCAAGUCCUCAGCUGUUUUCCUUCAGCUGCAGUUGGAAGAGGACUCAUCAUUGUAG